CCACAUUCCACCUUUGUACUUCAGAUGCGGGCGAAAUCACGACUGAAUUCUAUUCCUGCCUAAAGGCUGACUGUCCAAGUCACUUCGAACUUGUUGAAAUUGUUUUAAGUACUGUCUGGAAAGCUUGGAUUACUCUGAAAAAAGAAAACAUUCAGUUCGCUAACAUGGCACAAACAACAUUGGACAUGGAUAAUUACUUUGACGACUUUUCUAACAUAGACCCUGAAUCUUUAGUUUUGUGGAUGGCUUCCUCCGAGGUAGACCAGAAGGCCCUGGGCAAUUUUGCGGCCUUGACAAGCCUCGAAAACCCUUUCGUGUCCGCAAUGCUUUAUAGAAUUCUAGGUCUGUCGGUGAUGCUCUCGAAGAAGCUACUCCGUGCACGGCGACUACGGCGACUGGACCCUACCCGAGAAACCAAAUCGCUUCAGCUAUAUUAUCAUAUCAUAUGGCUUUCCCGUGAAGGCCUAAUGAUCUUGGAACAGUUCGUUCUCCCGAUGAUCGAGGGAUACGUGGAGUUGAAUAUUCUAGCCUACAAGCUCCGAGCGUCUUUCUACCACAUAUUCGUGCUUUUUCAUAAUCAGCCUGCGGUUCACUGUCCGGGGAUCACCGGUCUUUCCAGCAAUGGUACUAAGUCAAAUAGCGCACCCAAAACAGAGUCACCAUCUAAAGAGCCGGGGUCGAGGUUUUCGUUCAAGUCAAACGUGGAAUUAAUAUCAUACCCUGAACAUUCGGCUUCUAGCUCGGGGAGCAUCUCUCGACACACUGCCAUGCAAGUACCCCCUGGACUCGCACCCGUUCAACCACCCCAGUCGGUACCGUCGUCUUUCCUACUGCCUGCUCUUGACUACACUCCUACAGCUACGGCAUGCUUCAACCACGCGGCUCUCUUGGCUGAACGAUUUCUUCCUGGUUCUCACCCUUUGCGUCUGUCUAUUAAACUUGAAUAUGCGGCAUAUCUUUAUGAUUGUCUCCAUGAUGCCAACGCUUGUCGGCGGCUAGCCAAACAAGCUAUAGCAGAUGUGUAUAAGGCGCAAGAAGGAAUGGACGAUGAAAGCUUCGCGGAUGCCGCCGAGAUUGUUGGAAUCUUGGGUAAGAUGGUUAAGCGUGGAGGCAAGACCGGCAGCGUUGGAGGUAGCAGCACGGCUUCUGCAACACUUCGGGGCGGGAGUUCCGGGAGCGAAGUUGGCAACACACCAGCGACGAUCACACCAGUGCCACAGGAAACAGUGAUCCCCAAGGCUACCAAUGACUUGCCUCCAGCUGUCCCCAAUCCUACCAUGAUGAAUCCAAUCUAGUAUCGUUGCAAGCCCGGGAUUUGAUGAUUGACUGUGGAUUAUGCUACUACGCCUGUACAUGAUGGCCAAAGGUGCCGCGAUGUGGCUAAUUAAUGAAGUAUCACAAUCUUCUUCACUUGUAGCAAUGGCGUUAUCCUAUACCUUUAUCCU